ACAUGCCUCACCCUGCAGUGAAUAUGCUGUCUAUCUCUACAGCAGCCUACAGACUUGUUCAGUCAUUGAUGGCCAGCAGCAAUGGCAGAAGCAUACUCAUUCACUCUGCUUGUUGAGCUAGGAAACCCUGAUGUCCCCAAAGUACAAAACAAGUUGAUCAAAUAUUUCCAGAGUAAAAAGUCCAACGGUGGUGAUUGUCUAGUUGAAGUCUCAAAUGGACAAAGAGCAGUUGUGCGGUUCCGGACAGAGGAGGCCAGGCAGAAGGUUCUUGGGAAGCAAGUGCAUGAGAUCAAGUUGGAUCAAGGAGUGCUGAAACUGACUGUUCGACUGCCACCAGAUGGGGUCACAAGUUCACAGGAAACACCAUCUGCUGUUAACUCAGGCAAACCAAAUACUGCUGCUACUGGUCCAAAAGACUUACUUCAGGGUGGAAACACAGCUCCUCCUGAGAUUCAGGGGGAGAUGGUUAGUGUGAGUGCACCAACGGACGAGGAAGAGCAGGGGUCCACCUCAGCCUUGUUGGAGAACAUUCAGGAGAAGAACUUCAGUCUGGAGAUCCUGCCUGACUCCUGCUUGGCUGUUGUGACUUUUCAAAAUGCAAAAGCGACUGAGCACUUCAUGUCAAGCUGCCCCGGGAACAGAAAGUUCAUGCAGAAACAAUUACGAGUCAAACCCCUGGAGGUUACAGCAAAAGUGAAAGUUGAAAACAUACCGCCUAAGUUUAGUUCAGAACACCUCAGCUUACACUAUGACAAAUAUGAGGUUGUGGAAGACGUUAUAAUGACUGAAGAGGAUCAAUCUGCAAUCAUCACCUUUCAAGAUCCGAAAGCUGUUGACAGAAUCCUAAAACAGCAACAUAAAGAGAUGAAAGUUUUCCCAUUUUAUGAAUCUCUGGGAAUGGCCCUGUAUGGCAAAGAUAGACCCACAUUGAAACUCCCUGCUGCCUUCACUGAGAACAUUGACCAGGCCAUUUGGAGAUACCUUUCUGACAAGCAAGGAGUUGCAGAGACCAUCCACAAGAAUAUGGCUGAUCACUUCUGCAAAGUAGACUUUCAACAACCUACCGUCCAGUUAAGCCCUCUGCCUUCUCUACUCCAGCAGAAGGAUGUCGAAGCCAAGCACAUCAACAAGUGGAAGACCACUGCCAAGGCUGUCUUCAUUCAAGCCUUGUCUAAAUUCAAGUCCUUGGAGCUCCAGAUCCAGGCCAACGCAUGGGAAGCACAUGAAGGUGCAAUACACAAGGAGAUGUCAGGGGAAGCAGUGGUUGUAGUUCCUGAUAAGCCUAGAGGUAUUGUGAAAGUGGUGGGAUUGGAAGAAGAUGUGGAUAGGCUCAAACAAACAUUAAAUGGGAUCAUGGACAGGAUUGCCAACAGCAUUGAGAGGGAGAAGACGGGUAUAACAGAGGAGUUCCCACUGCCGCCCUCUAUCUACCAUAUACUUUUGCAAGACGGUCUACAGGACAAAAUUGCAGGUGAAUUUCCAGAGCUGAAAAUGACGUACAAUCAUCAGAAUCAGAGUGUAAUCUUAUUUGGCUUGACACAAGAGGUUUUGGGUGCUAACAGGAAGUUUAUGGAAGGAGGAAUGGCAGUGAAACGGAGGAUGGUGCAAUUAGACAACUAUGUCUUUGAGUUUCUGCAGAAGAACAAUGAGGGAGACGAGGAACAGUUUACCAGUACCCUUUUCACCUCACAAGGGAUUAAUGCAGGACUAGAACUAGAAAGAAAGGGAGUACAGCUCCUGGCUGUCUCAGAGGAGGUUCUGAGCGAAGCAGAAAACCAACUAGAUACCCUUUUGAUUUCACAAUACAUCGAUGUUGAAGACUCUAAUGUCCUGAAGAUGUCAGAGUGGCAAGACCUUGUCACUGAUUUGGAGAAAGCUUUCAACACUCCAUCAAAGAAAUGCAUCAUCAGGACACCUGGUGUAUAUCCAAGUCUACAAGUGGUAAUAUCUGGCUAUAAGCAAACUGUUGAUUCAGUCCGGAAAAAAGUUGAUGACUACUUAUGUCAGAAUACUCCAGUUGAUGAAACUCUUGAAGUCAAGUCUAAGGCCAUUGUCAAAUUCAUCGAGGAACACAACAAAAAUGCUUGGUCCGAUAAGGUUAAAGACACAGUAAAAGUGUCUUUCAAAGAUAAGGCCAUUUGCCUUAGCGGCAUCAGAGUUUAUGUCAAGGACUGCAUGGACUUUUUUCAAAACUUCAUAUCCUCAACAUCCUUUGAUAUCUUGAGAGUCUCCAAGCCUGGCGGAAAGAAGUUCUUCCAGGAAAAGGAGGCCAUGUGUGUUGAAGAAGUCUUGAGACAGACAGGCUGUGUGGUCCAUCUGGUUGAAAAGGAUGACCAGACGGUCCAGGCUAUGGAGGACACAGAUCAGAAGGGGUUUGGGAGCCAUGGAAAAAGUCUUCAGCAGCAUAAUCAUCCAACUUUCUCGACACAGAACCAGCAUAGACUGAUUCAGAGCAGGGAUGGUUCUGACAGAGUGCAGACCAAAGAGGGGUUGACAAUCAUCCUGAUGAAAGGGAACAUCCAGGAUGCUACGACUCAGGUGGUUGUGAACACAGUGGGUCUAGACCUGCUACUUCAUAGCGGAGCGGUCUCGAAUGCCAUCUUAAAAGCUGCUGGACCCCGACUUCAAGACCUGAUAAACGAACAGGGGCCCGCUGGCAGUGCUGCUGAUGGAGCAGUCAUCAUCACUGAUGGCUGCAACCUUAAGAGCAAGCUGGUGUUUCACACCAUUGCCCCUAAGUGGGAUCAAGGGAAAGGUGCAGCACAGAAGGUAGUAAGCUGUCCACAUAUCUCACUGACUUCUUAG